UCUCGGCGUGCGCGCGCCGAGAAACUGUCUAUCUUCAGUAGAGUGUGAGUGAAUACAAGCGUACGUGUUUAGUGUGUGACAACUUCUCUAUCUCUCUCAAUGUCGGUACAAGCAAUCAGGUUGUCUCUUUCUUUUCAAUAUCCCUGAAAGCCAAACCUGGUUUUUUUGGAAAAAUAGUUUCAAACCAUUGCUCAGGAUGGCUCAGGAUCACGUUUGCACAAGAUUUCAUUUAAAUAUCCUAUUCCUGGUCCAUUUUAGAUUUGGACGUUUUAAAAGUCAAGGAGCAGGAAAAUGAUCAAAACCGACCUGCUGGGUGUCUUUUGGACAUUUAAUUUUUUACAAGAACGUGAAUAAUGAUUAUGAUGAUUUAAAUGAAUUUUCUAUUUUGUACUAUAAAUGUUUUUUUCGUUUAGGUAUUUUUUAAAAUUCGAAUUCAAUGGCUUACUUAAUAGUCGAAAAAUUUCCCAUUCUCGUGGCAAUGGGACUCAUGGGUUAGAUCGGGGCAGAUUUUACAGUUUCAGUUUCCUCUGGUUAAUAAUCUUGGGUCAAAAUCAAGAGAAGUUGUUUUUAAUUUUUGUAUAGAAUGACUUUGUAAUGAAUAUGUUUUAGAUAAUUUGUGUUAAAAAUGUAUUGAAAGUGAUUUGAUAGCGGAAAUAAAAGUUGAAUCUACGUGCAUUGGGCUUUCGUCAUGGUCGUCAACAUGGCACUUGUUGUGGAGGUCAUCACAAGUCUGGAGACAAUUUCAAUCACCAAAGAAGUGCUUGAGGCAACGAGGAUUGGACUUUACAUCAAUAAACUUCGACGGAAAACAGGAAAUGUUGAGUUGGCGAAGAGAGCAAAAAAUUUGGUUCGACGAUGGAGGUCAUUUUGUGUGACAAAUGAACCUACGCCUGCAGAUCCUGCACCUCCAGCACUUAAUGGAGCAAGACCUCAUAGUCCGGCUUUAAGGGGUUUGCAGCCUCAAAGUCCUCUGUCGAGAACACCUCAAUCUCUGAGGGUACUGAGUCCAGCGCUGUCAGUAAACAGUGAAACGUCUCGUUCGCCAAAUGUGUUUCCCCAUAAGCAAGCAGUAUCAGCAUUAAACAAUCACCGAUUAAAUUUCACCGGCUGUCUUUCUGAGAGUAGGACAGUAAAUCAGAAUCAUGCCACUGAGGCAGUACCACGAACCCACAGUUCGAAUAAACGUUUGCGAAAAAGUGAUACAAUUAUUCAAGCUCAUGGUCUUCUGCAACCUGGUCCAUCAUGCACGGACAGUGAACCCGAUCCAAAGAGGCAGCGCCUCAAUGGUGACGCUUCAUGUAGCAGCGUAAAUUCGCAAGUGCCUAAUCCCUCUCUCAGUGAGCAACUUUCUCAACAUUCGGAAAAUUCCCUUACAUCUGAAAGCACACCAACUUUGAAAAAGCGCGGCAGGAAAAAAGGCAGUAAGUCUAUUAAACCGCAGCUUAUCGAAGAUGACAUUAAGGAAAAACUUGCCAGCAUUGCGCGUAAUCCAAAAGUCAAAACAACACAGGAAUUAUUGGCCGAUCUUCAAGCACGAGGAUCAAAUUCAAGUUUUAAUUUAAAUCCAUUACCUAGUCACAGUAUAGAAACAUCAAUUGGAGAAAAAGUUUUAAGGAGCGAAGACGGAUCAAAGUCAAAGUACCAAAGCUCCAAAAUUCAAAACAAUGAAUCUUCAUUGCAAGAUCGUUUAUCACCUGAGGAAAGUAGACAAAAAUCGUUGAAAUCUGAUGAUGAAGAUAAUGACGAUGAUGAUGAUGAGGAAGACUCGAGACAUCAACAGGAUCUCACUGUUAAAGAAAUUCUUGCAAAGUUACCACCAUUGGACAUUAAAUCAAUAGUGUGGAGUGAUGAGGAGAUUGAUGUUGAUCGGAAUGAUGAUGAAAAUGGAGUCGAUCUUCCUCCACGUGAUGUGUCUGCUGAAGAUCUUGAGAGGUUACACACGGAAUGUGUGCAAGGUCUCAAUGGUAACUAUCAGCCAAAAUUCUUAUCCCUUACUUUAAGAAAUAAUGAUAAGGCUGAUAAUAAUCAGGAUGACGCUGUGAAUGUAGAAAAAUUAGGUUUGUACAGGCGCGCGAACGAAAAGAACGAUGAAGAAUUUCGGGAGUGGCACGAAAUGCUCGCGAGGCCAACUUGCGAUGGCCAAAUCCUCCACAUAUUGCCUUAUGUUAUCAUCGAUUAGUCACUAUUACAAUAUUGUUGUCUUUAUUAUUAUUUUUUUUUUUUUCGAGUAACCUUUCCGAUUCUAGAUUUCGAUAGAUCGUCAAUUCCGACUUUUUCCCCUUCCUCAAUUGUUUUUUGUGACCCUAUUUCAAUAUUUGCCCGCUGAACGUUUCUCGAUUUUAAAUAAAAAAAAAGCUUUACUUUACAUUAAUUCUCUCUUUACAAAUCAAGGAGGUUUCGAUAAAGUUUGACGUAGCAAAAUAUUAUUGUAUCGUCGUUAUUUCAUUUGUUACUUUGUCAAGCAAUUUCUCCUUAAUAAGAGAAUUCAUUCCCUUAUUGAUUAGAUGUAAAAAUUUACAAUAUAUAUAUAUAUAUGUGCAAUUAGUAAUAAAUUUUUUAAAGUCGAGAAAUAUUUUGCAAGUAAAUAAUUGAGAGAAUUUGACAUUUCGAACGAGUUAUCGUUGCCCAAAAAAAAAAAAAAAUUGUCACGCUUUUCGCACCGAUCAGCAGUGUUGCAAAAACAAAAAAAAAAAAAGGGGGGGGCGUCGUACACUUGCACCAAUGAAGAAAAUUGAAAAUUAAAAAAAGAAAAUGAAUUUCUUUUCAAUGUUUCGCUUCAACAUAUCUGUAUAUAGGACGUGUCCCGUUAUACGUUUGCAGAUUUUUGUUGAGAUUGUAAUAAUGGGUCUUUGAAAAAGACGUUUUCUAUACGUAUCUGAUUUAUGUUCGAUGCAUUCUUGUUUAUCAUGCCAUAAUAAGUAGAUUAAAUCUACAUAUGUUUAAUGUGCAAAUUCCAAAUCCAAAAGCACAUAAUUGCAGAUUACAAGUUUUGUAUCGUUUUGUGUCGGGGGAUGAUUGAUUCGAGUUGUGAAAUGGUAAACGUUGUUAAACUUUUGCUUUACUUUUUUCGACUACAUUUGUAAAUAGAACGUUUUUAGUAUAAAGGGUAUCAUAUUCGAGUAAAAAAAAAAGAAAAUAAAAUAAAACAGACUUUAUAUUCUUAUAAGUUGGUUGAAAAUUAUUCUUGAACGAUGCGUAACAUUAAAUUUUACAUUAUCAACAUUAUUUUUAAUUCGAGUAAAGAAAAUACAACUAUCCAAAGUAAAUAACGAUUUAUAAAAGCAGUAUAAUAAUAUUGAAAAUUAAUUAUAAUUUUUGUAAAAGAAAUUUUACUUUUGUUAAACGCUCCUAAACAUUUUUUUUUCAAUUUUAAUUUUGUUAGUUUUAAAUCCUUUUUUUCGAUCAAUACAAAAUAUUUUGAAAUUUAUUUUUAUUAUUCUGCUGCUUUUAAAAAUCGUUCUUUUAAAAUUUUUUGUUUAUAAUUCGGACUAAGUUAAAAAAUAGAAUAACAAGUAAUGGGAAAGUUUUACGCAUUGUUUGAGAUGUAUGUAUUUAUCCUGAUUUAGGACUUUAUAAUAUGAGAGAGAAAAAUAUUAUUUAGCUGAUUGUUUAGUAAAAAAUAAUGGAGAAUGAGACGUGAAAAAAUAAAUAGUUAUUUGCAAAAAAAAAAAAGGAAAAAAAAUUAAAGUGGGAACAAUGGAGUGUAUGUGCAAAACACUAUUUGCGAUAUUCUAUGUGCCGAGCUAGGAGCUGCCUAAAGAUUUAGUGUAUUUCCUAAUUCAACAUAAGGUGCCUUUUUCAUUAUUUUUCUUACUCAUUCUCUAAUCGUUAAUAAAAAAGAAAAUCGAAAUCAAGAUUGAUUGAUUGAUUGAUUUUUUUUUACUUGUUUUACAAAGAUAAAUUUGGCGUUAACCCAAAGCGAUUGCACCACGACGAUCUAUUUCUUGUUACCUAAAAAUUUUGUAUAAUUUUGAAAUAAUAUAUUUUCCAUUGUAUCGAAAUUUAAGGCAUCAAUUGAUGAUUGUCAAGUUAUUAUUUUAAAGUUUGAAACGAUUGAUUUAGUUUAAGUGUUAAAAUUAAUAUUAUUUUGUAUUGUGUAGGUUUAGAAAAAUUCUUUUUGUUUUUUUUUUCUCGAGAUAUUGUUAGCUAAGAAAAUUUGGACAAAUUGUUUUUUCUGAUUGAUUCUCGUCGUGAUGUGAUUACAUGAAAAUUCAUUGAAAUUCAACUAUAAUUGAAUAUGUUUUUCAAUGUCAGCAUCAAAUAUACAGCAUUUCAAUAAUUGUAUAAAUUUUUUAUAAACUAAAUAUCUUUUGGAUUCUCCUGGUAAUGCACAUUUGUCUAAAGUUUGAACAAUAUCAAGAUAUAUUGAUUCAAAUUGAAUAAAUAUUUUCAUAUUUGAUUAGCGAUAUUUGUUUUUAUAUAUAUAUACACACACACACUUCUUGUCUGAUUUUUCUCAUAAUAGUUAUGUUACAAUAAUAGAGGAUUCUAAAUGGUGAAUCUCAUCUACGACGCCUCUCAGAAAUGAAUUCGUAGGGUUUUUAAAGGGUCUCGUAAAUUUGUCAUCAGUCAUUUAUUUUUAAUCCAAUUUUAACUGCCUUACCUCACCGCCAUGUGAAUACGAGAAUAUAUUAUUAAAAAAAAAAGCGAAAAGAAAAAAAAUUUGAAAAUAUUUUAGGUUUCUUACUAUUCUGAAAGAAGACUGAAUAGUCAUUAUACCAUCAAUAAUUUUUACAACCAGUUUAUCUGGAAAGAGAAAAUGACCCAUAUGUGCAUUAAUGUAUAUCACAAAAUAAACUUCUUAAAUAAUUGUUCUAAAAGAAAUAAAAUCUUUAAAUUGA